AUGAAGUGCAUACCGCAAGGAUCGAUUCGAGUCGGGGAGUUCUACCAAGACGAGCAAAGAAUCGUCGACGUCUACUACAAGGAGAUCUGCGAAGUCGUGAAAUCAGCGACAGGCGCAGAUGAAGUCAUCGCGUUCCAUCACAUCGUUCGCAACGAGCACCUUGCCCUGCUGCUUGCUGGUGGAGACGCUGAGAAGCUAUCUGGCUUCGACAAUGGCAACGGCGGCGUGGGUGGAUAUGCAAGGAAUGCGCACGCCGAUUACACCGCCACGACUGCGGUCGGAGCGGCGCGCCAGGCUUUGUGCUCCAUCAACGACCAUGAGACCCGAAGGCGAUGCGCUAGCAGUCGGUUUGCGCUGGUCAACGCGUGGCGAAGCAUCAGUGAUUCUUCGCCGGUGGUGAGUCAUCCGCUGGCCCUGCUGGAUGCUACGACAGUGAGUGAGGAAGACUUGGUGCUGGUGGACCUGGUUUACCCGGCCUUCAUGUCCGAGUCGCUUCAGAUCUCUUUCUCUCCGAAACACCGAUGGAUCUACUGGCCAAGCAUGGUCAAGGAUGAGGUGUUGCUCUUCAAGCAGUAUGACUCUGACACGUCGGUGGCACAGCGGGCCUUCCACUGCGCCUUUGAGGGCCCGGCAGGCUGUGCCGGGCCAGCCAGGGAGUCCAUCGAGGUGCGCACCGUGGCUUUCUUCUAUUCGGCACCCGCCGCUGAGGACCUCCUGCAACCUGGCAGGCUACCUGGUGCAGCAGAAGUGGCAGAAGUCAUCCUUGCUGCACUCGCGCGCCCCGAAGAUUGGCCAGCGGAGACCCGCGCCGAGGUGUGCAAGCAUCUGGCGAUGGAUGAGCCGGCUCCCUACAGACACUUCAUCAUGCUUCAGCUCUGGGGCGUCUGUUCCGACAAAUCUCAACAGGAUCACCGGCGUUCGGCUCCUUUCCACGCGAUGCCACCGCAGCGCAUUGGGACUGUCAAGGUUCUUUCAUGCAGCACGACCCCGAAUCUCUUGCCCUCUGUGCACGGUAAUGGUGAAUCCACGGUGCUCAGCUUCUACCUCCGCUCCAACGUGGAGACCCUCGCCUUGUCCGCAGAAAGAGGCAUCAUCGGAGACUGUCGUGCUGCUCCCAGCCAUCAAACCCGCCAGCGGGACAUUCUUUUUGCCGACCCGGUGCUACUGCGAGAAGUGGGCAACAUCCCCGGAAACAAAUCCCUGGAAACUGGCACCAUGGACAAACCGUGCGACAUCGGGCAGAACGUGACGCUGGCGGAGGGAGAUCCAUCCGUCACCGGAUGGUGCGUCGGAGAUCUCAUCGAGAUUGGCACCCCUGGGGCCGCUGCUCUCGUGAGGGUCACGAGCACUCGGCGCCCUUGCCCGAAAAACAACAACGUGCACGGGGAAGGGACGUGGCCACACAUGGAGAGGCAUGGAUUGGGGGGUGUCUUCGGCACCAUCGUCCGUGACGGGACCGUCCGCUUGGGUGACCCCGUGGUGUUGGUGGAGAGGCUGCAGAGCAAGUGGACGUGUGUGCAGGUGCACCUCGCGCUGUACGGGCGCGCGGUGCCGGAGACCACUCCAAUGGAGCUCCGUGAGAUCGCCGCGCUGGAUUACUUGGAGGAGCCGCGGUACAAGAAAGUGGCCAAGGAGCGCUUGGGGCAGGUGGAGGUUGCUGCAAGGCGCCGGCACUGGGAAGCUUUGGCCCUGAUAGCCUUGUCUGUGGUGGCAUUUCAGCUGGUCCGGCGCUGUAGCUGCACCGUCAGGUAG